UUCUGAUCAAGCUGCAGGUUUUUUAGCUUUGCUUUUGAUUUGAUGUCUCUAAGAAUUACCAACUUCAAAAGAUAUGCCCCUUCUUUUUUCUUCGAGACCAAACAAGUCAGCCCACCUCAAAACAUGAAAAUGUAAAACUUUUUUUUUUUUUUGUGGGAUUCCCAUGCUUGUUAUGUAUCCAAGAACAUUUUCAAGUUCAUAAUAUUGAAUUGAAAACAUAGCAAGCUUUUGUUCAUAUUUCUUUUGAGUACUUGAAAAAAGCCUUGGAUAAUGGCUAUGGAAGAGACAGGGAGAGAGACAGUGGAAGAGAAAACCCCAGAAAAGGAAUCGAAAUCCAAGGAGAUGAGAAGUGAAUCGGUAAAUGAACAGCCAUCACCGAGAUGUGUAUUGGAGAUUCCGGUGCUGGGAUCCGACUCCGAUACCAGCAGCUGCAGCAGCAAUUCCAGUUCCUAUUCUCCUAGGAAGCCUGUUUUUCAGAAAGGGAACAAAGACUCUUAUGGUCUGCAAUGGAAGAAUUUAAUUGGAAAUGUUAAGAAGAAAUAUGUCAGAAGUUUCUCUCUUAUUCCUUUGCUGACAAGUAAUGAUAAGAACUCAAGGAGGACAAAACUGGCAAAACUACAUGCCUCUGAGGAAGAACAUGUUGAUAUUAACUCCAUGCCAGUUCCUAAACCAUCAUGGAAAAAUUUUACCUACUCAGAGCUUGCUGCUGCUACUGAUAAUUUCAGUCCUGAGAAUUUGAUUGGAAAAGGGGGCCAUGCGGAGGUGUACAAAGGACAUUUAUCUGAUGGUCAAAUCGUAGCAGUGAAGAAGCUAAUGAAGAAUGAGAAACAAGAAGAGGAUAGGGCCAGUGAUUUCUUGUCUGAACUUGGGAUUAUUGCUCACAUAAAUCACCCUAAUGCAGCUUGCUUAAUCGGAUUCAGCGUCGAUGGAGGCUUGCACUUAGUACUUCAGUUUUCACCUCAUGGCAGCCUUUCUUCUGUGCUUUUUGGUUCACCCGAGCGCCUAGAUUGGAAAACUAGGUUUAAGGUGGCGAUUGGGAUUGCAGAUGGAUUGAAAUAUCUCCAUUAUGACUGCCAGAGGCGCAUUAUACACAGAGACAUAAAAGCCUCUAACAUACUGCUCACAGAAGAUUAUGAAGCUCAGAUAUCAGAUUUUGGUCUGGCAAAGUGGCUCCCGGAAAAUUGGCCUCACCAUGUCGUCCAUCCCAUUGAAGGAACAUUCGGGUAUUUAGCUCCGGAGUAUUUUAUGCAUGGAAUCGUUGAUGAAAAGAUUGAUGUAUUCGCAUUUGGAGUUCUAUUGCUGGAGAUAAUAACAGGUCGCCGUGCAGUCGAUUCAGCCAGACAAAGCCUUGUGAUUUGGGCAAAACCGCUCCUGCAACAGAACGAAGUAAAGGAAUUGGUAGAUCCUGGACUAGGAGACAAUUAUGAUCCAAGUGAAAUGAAACGUUCAAUGAUAACAGCUUCCAUGUGCAUUAAUCACUCUGCCAGUAAGCGUCCAACCAUGAUAAGGGUUGUGGAGUUGCUGAAGAACAAAGAGAGUCCGGUAGAGGGUGAGCUGAAAUAUUGUGGUGAGAGAGGAAUAAUUGCAGACAGCUUGGAUUUGCAAGAUUACAGUCGAACCAGCUACCUAAAUGACUUAAAUCGUCAUAAGCAACUGGUUAUGGAGUGACAGGCUUAGUUGUUGUCUGAAAAUUUGAAACAAGGAUAAGAGUAAUGGUCGUGCUGGGGUGGGUGUGUUGUAGAUAAAAAUCCAUUAAAUGACCCAACUUUUCCCAAGAGUAGAUUGGUAUACAUAGCAUAGAAGAAAAUGGCAUCAAUGUCCAAAGCCAUUGGAUUGAUGAAACUAAAGGGAAAACUAGAAAUGAAGCGCCAUUGGGUCAAUAUUGUACUUUAAUUUACAAAACCAUGAAAUUAAAUCCUUUGUCAAA